CCUUUCGUCUCUGGAACUUUGCACAAGUGAGCAGACUUUGCCCUCUGCCUUCGUCCCAUGCGCGUCUCCUCGGAAGGAAAGCCCUCUCUGCUCCAUAGGACUUGCUCUUGGGCGUCGUCGGAGCCCCCAGGAUGGCGGAGGCGCACCAGGCGGUGGCCUUCCAGUUCACGGUGACCCCAGAAGGGGUGGCCUUCCAGCUCAGCCGAGAGGCCCUCAAGCAGAUCUACCUCUCGGGGGUCUCCUCCUGGAAGAAGCGCUUGGUCCGGCUCAAGAACAGCAUCCUGACGGGGGUCUUCCCAGGGACGCCUUCAGGGUGGCUGGCGGUUGUGGCUGUCACUGUGAGCGCCACGUACUUCGACGUUGAUGUCUCCGUGGGGCUCAUCUUCCGGAUCCAGAAGCACCUGCCCAGCAGCUGUCGCCGGUGCCUGGGUGCCCGUUCCCGCUCUCUGCUGGGCGCCCUGCUCUUCUCCUCGGGGGUCUGGAUGCUGGGGGUCCUGCUCCGCCGCCAGGCCCUGCGACUGCUGCUCUCCUACCAUGGUUGGAUGUUCGAGCCUCACGGAAAGAUCGGCCGGAGCACCAAGAUCUGGGCCGCUGCGGUCAGGGUGAUGUCCGGACACCAUCCCAUGCUGUACAGCUUCCAGACCUCUUUGCCCAAGCUGCCCGUUCCUCGGGUGGCUGACACCAUCCAGCGGUACCUGGACUCCGUCCGCCCGCUGCUGGACGACGAGCGAUUCCUGGACAUGGAGGCCCUGGCCCUGGACUUCGAGCAGCGCCUGGCCCCCCGGCUCCAGAAGUACCUCCUCCUCAAGUCCUGGUGGGCCACCAACUACGUGAGUGACUGGUGGGAGGAGUACAUCUACCUGCGAGGAAGGAGCCCCAUCAUGGUCAACAGCAACUACUACGUCAUGGACUUCCUAUACGCCACUCCAACCCACCUCCAGGCCGCCCGCGCCGGAAACGCCGUCCACUCCAUUCUCCUCUACCGACGCCGGCUGGACCGGGAGGACUUGGCCCCUGUGAUGGUACUUGGGGUUGUGCCCCUGUGUUCCUAUCAGAUGGAGAGGAUCUUCAACACGACCCGGAUCCCUGGCAAGGAGACAGAUCGGCUCCUGCACCUGUCUGACAGCCGGCACCUGGCCGUCUUCCACAAGGGUCGCUUCUUCAAGGUGUGGCUCUAUCACGCGGGGAAGCUGCUCCCGCCCCGCGACCUGGAGAUGCAGUUCCAGCGCAUCCUGGAUGACCCUUCGCCUCCUGAGAUGGGAGAGGAGAGGCUGGCCGCCCUCACUGCUGGAGAGAGGCGCCCGUGGGCAGAGGCCCGAGAGAAGUACUUCAGCCGUGGGAGGAACAAGGCCUCGCUGGACUGUGUGGAGCGGGCUGCCUUCUUCGUGGCGCUGGACGAGGAGGAGCACGGCUUCAACCCUGACAAGGAGGACAGCCUGGACCAUUACUCCAAGAGCCUCCUGCAUGGACAGUGCUGCGACAGGUGGUUCGACAAGUCCUUCUCCCUGGUGGUCUACCGCAACGGGAAGCUGGGGGCCAACGCGGAGCAUUCCUGGGCCGACGCCCCCAUUAUCGGACACCUUUGGGAGUUCAUGCUGGCCACUGACCACUUCCAGCUGGGCUACUGCAGCGACGGCCAUUGCCACGGGGUGCCCAGCAGCACCCUGCCGCCACCACAGCGCUUGACCUGGGAUAUCCCCGAGGAGUGCUGCAAGGUGAUCGACACUUCCUACGCUGUGGCCCGGGCGCUGGCCAACGACAUUGACUUCCACAGCUUCCGGUUCGUUGAGUUUGGCAAGGGGCGCAUCAAGAAGUGCCGGACCAGCCCGGACAGCUUCAUCCAGAUCGCCCUGCAGCUGGCGCACUUCCGGGACAAGGGCUGCUUCUGCUUGACCUACGAGGCCUCCAUGACGCGGCUCUUCCGGGAGGGACGGACCGAGACCGUGCGCUCCUGCACCAGCGAGGCCACCGCCUUCGUGCUCAGCAUGGCCGACCCCAGCUGCAGCCCCUCUGAACGCCUGGAGCUGUUCCAGGUGGCGGCCGAGAAGCACCAGCACCUGUACCGCCUGGCCAUGACCGGCUCGGGCCUCGACCGGCACCUCUUCUGCCUCUACGUCGUGUCCCGGUACCUGGGGGUGGAGUCCCCCUUUCUGAAGAAGGUUCUGUCCGAGCCCUGGCGCCUCUCCACCAGCCAGACUCCGCAGCAGCAGAUCAAGAUGUUCGACCUGGAGGAACACCCGGAAUGCGCCUCCUCUGGAGGGGGAUUCGGGCCGGUGGCCGACGAUGGCUAUGGAGUCUCCUACAUCAUUGCAGGGGAGAACCUCAUCACUUUCCACGUCUCCAGCAAGUUCUCCAGCCCUGAAACGAACUCCAAGCGUUUCGGGAGGAACAUCCACCGGGCCAUGCUGGACAUUGCAGCCUUGUUCGAGGUGUCUGCCAAGAAAAUGGCAAAUUGAGCUUGUGGGCAGUGGCUGGACUCAUGGGCCGGAGACAAGCCGGAAGGGACUCUCCCCAGCAGCGCAAUGGGCCGACUCCUCUGAGAGGGCUUUGGGGGUCCUGGAUGAGCCCCCAGCAGCAAUGGCGACACACUCGGGCCCUUCCUUCCUUCUUAGAGGAGCCCCAUUGAGGACCCAAGGGACGGACUGUGGGGCAGGAAAGAGGGCGGGCUACAGAAUGGGGCAACGGUAUGCCUCACCCAUAAAGAAGCAUCACUUUUGGAA